AUGAGCACCCGUUGGGGAGGUACACCGAAAUGUCCGCGUUGCGAAACACCGGUCUACAUGGCCGAACAGGUUAUUGGUCCAAAUGGUCCCUGGCAUAGAGCUUGUCUCACGUGCAUUGAUUGUAAAAAGCGAUUAGACUCCUAUGCUUUAGCCGAGCAUGAAGGAGAGGCAUAUUGUAAAACCUGUCACGGACGUCGUUUUGGUCCUAAAGGAUAUGGGUUUGCUGGUGGCACGUCGUUUUUAAACACGGAAAGACCAGUUGACAAUAAGAAAGAUGAACUAAAGUCGCCCACAUCGGAAAAACUUAGUCAAUCACCACCCAUGUCUCCUACACGUUCGAUCACACCCUCUUAUGGUUUUUUCAGUCAAUCACAAGCGAAAAGAAGUGGAAGUCGACGAUGGAGUCUUCCAGUAAACAAUGAUAUAUGUCCACGUUGCUCUAAGGCAGUGUACGCGGCUGAAGCGGUGUUGGGUGCGGGUGUCAAAUAUCACAAAUUAUGUUUACGAUGUGUACAAUGCAGUAAACUUUUGGACUCUACUAAUAUGACAGAUCGUGAUGGCAAAAUUUAUUGUCGUCUUUGUUAUUCUAAAGAGUUUGGUCCAAAGGGUUACGGGUACGGCGGAGGUGCCGCAUUUUUGACAACUGAAGGGACAGCAAGAUGA